UUGGAAGGGGCAGCAGGGAAGAUGUCAAUUGAAACAGUUUCUGUUGUUUGCCAGAUAAUUUGAUAUUGGAAAGGUGUUGUGGUGUGUGUUGUUAGCAAACUUCAGGGAAAGAAAUUGCACUCCAAAAAUGCAUACGAUUUUUAAGCUUUAUUUUGACUGCCAGUGAAGAAAUAAAGAUUACAAAGCAAUUGUUUUUUCUGUCUCAUGCAAAACAGCACUUCCAUUUGAGGAAGCCCAUUUGAGGUUACCUCAGCUUAUAAAGUUACUUUUCCAACAUUCUUUUCCUGUUUAUAUAGGAACCCUGCUGUUGAUAAGGGAAUCAAAGUGUUAAGCAAGUAUUUUGUCCUUGUUAAUGUUCUAAUGACAUGUUGGUAGACAUUCUUCCCUUUGAGUGUGUGACUGAUUGUCUUUGUUGCUUACUAUAAAGAACUGUGUGAGUGACUUGCAAGGCCUUGUCACUGAUGUUUAUCCUCGCACAUUUCCCCCCUCUUGAAACUCUAGGACUAAAAGGGAGAAUAAUAGAUUGUAGGGUAUGACAAUCUACAGUCAUACCUCCGUUUAUGACCACAAUUGGUUCCGGGGAGCCGGUUGCUCCCUGAGUUCGUUGCUCCCCGAGGCACGCUUCUGUGCAUGCGCGAAGCGCCAAUAGAGAGCUUCUGCGCAUGCGCGAGCUGCGCAGAUCGCUUCUGUGCAUGCGCGAGCUGCGCAGAUCGCUUCUGUGCAUGCGCGAGCUGCACAGAUCGCUUCUGCUCAUCCGAGCGCCGCGGAACCCGGAUGUAAACACUUCUGGGUCCGCAGUGGUCGGAAACCGAAGUGGUUGCAAACAGAGGCAGUCGCAAAAAGUGGAGGAAACAAUUUCUGCAAACAAUUCUGCAAAGUUUACCGUUUCUCUAAAGUUUGGGUUACUGUCCACUGGAAUCACUGAAAGGGUUAGCAAUGCACAAGUGCCUAACCACUUCUGGCUCAAUGAAUCUCCUGUGUUGGGUGAAGUUAUUUGGGGAGAGAAGGGAGAAGUGGCAUCUGGAAAUGCAAGGUAGUGAUGUGUUAUGGGGUGUAUGUAUAUAAGGUCUUAGCAAAUUUAGAUGAUUGAUAGCAUUUUGUAAAAUUUCCUGCUUUUCAGGGGGUUGGGUGGUCUUUGGGGCCCUUCCAACUCUACAAUUAUAUGAUUCUAUGAGAUUCUGGUAUGAAAUUUAACACUGCUUUCAAUAGAACCACUAUUUCAAAGCAGCCAUAUUUCUUGAUAACCUGUAAGAGACUUAAUAUGAAAGUUUAGCUUAAGAUCUUUCAGUUUGUUCAGGAGUCACAUUGGUUGUUGCUGCUAUGUAAGCUUUCAAAAUAUAGAAGAACGCUGCGAGAAAAGAGACUGAUGCUUUACUGCAAAAGGAAAUAAUGUCUCUCUUAAUUGAUUGCUGCAUUGCCACCUUCAUUUAAAUCUGUGAAUGAAUGUGUAGUAGAUCACUAGAUUUCUGUGUUUGAGGGCUAGGUUGCACAUUGUUGAACAUAUUUGAUUCACAUUUCCGUAUCCUACUUGGCCAAAAUUAUACACAGUCUGUCAUCUUAUUCAGCAGUUGAGGAAACAAGAGAAUGCCAUCUUGAGCUGAAGGGCAUGCAUAUUUAGUUGCACGUAACAAUUGCCUGUAUUUCUUCUGGUUGUGGUAGAUGCUAAACUAUGCAUUGAUAGACUUCAAUUAAUUUGUUCCAAAACAUUUAUUUUCAACUCUUCAUUUUUUUAGUGAGGUUUGCAAUGCUAUCAGUGUGGAAGGAAAGUAUGAUACAAAUCCAAGGGUAUUUGAACCUUGCUGAAUAUUGAGUAAACUUUUAAACUCUUAUUUAUUUAUAUACAAAUAUAUUCUGCCUCCUGGACCUCAAAAGCACCCCCCCCAAAAAAGUGGUUGCCGGCUUGUAAAUCUUAAGCCCAAUUAAGUUUUUCAAGAAAAUGGCGGCCAAAUUUUAAUGUACAUUUCCCUUAUUUAACUGUAAAGGAUGACAUUUCCAGCGUCUAGCUUUUAAUUUCAGAAAUAAUUUAUGAUACUGUAACUUUGGAUAUUCUUAUCUGUGCAUCUCAAAUAUGAAGGGCCCUGUAAAAUACCCAGAAAUGAAUACUUUUCAUUUCUCUUGGUGUGGGCAUUUACAGAACAAGAUGGAAAACCUCCACAUAGUUGUGAAGGAUUAAAUUAUUCUUCAGAGACUUUCUUUAUUAUAUUAUAGUUAUCAGCACCACAGUUGUCUUGAAGAUAUGGAAGUUCAGAUAGAAAAUACUUGGGAAGAUUCCUUUAGACUUUGAUCAGAUCCUUAUCUUCAAUCAUAGUUUACACUCAAUCCCUACAUUUUGUGAUUACGUAGCUUUCUGAUCACAUAUGAUUGUGCAGAUAACAAUUUAAAAGGUAGUAUGGCUCACAUCUGCAGCAAAGUGGCCCAGAGUUUUGAUACUUGCCAUAACAUGGAUUUAAACUUAGAGAUUUAAAAGCUCAAAUUAUUUUUUCUUGCGCAAGCUUCCUAAAUUUCCAGCUCACAUCCUUUAAAAAAAAGCCACUGUUAUAAUUUCGUUCCAUUUAAGACAUUUUGUUUUGUCCUACAAAUUGUUAGGAGCAAUAUGUUAAUCACAUCUAGUUCAACAGCAACUAAUAAUAAUAAUAAAUAAAUAAAUAAAUAAAUAAAUAAUGUGCUGACUGAUACCAGCAAUUCAAAUGUCUUGAAUUUACUUUGCCAGAGGCUUUCUUUUAACAAAAAUAAAUAUACUGAUUCUGGAACAUUCACUUUUGAUUCACUAGGUCAUAACUUGGUGGCUAGUAUGUGUACAUGUUGUUGUACAAUGUGAGGGGACUAGAUGUUGAUGCACUCAACUUUCUAAAUGUUUGAAUGUAAAUUUAUUAAGCAGAAUAUCAUUUAAUACUAAUGCAUGCUGAAUGAGUUGAUUUGCACUUAAUGCUUGGGUUUGUUCCAGCUUGUGCCUAUAGUGCUAACCUUCAGUGUUAUGUGCACAAGCUGGAAUGAGUCCAAGGUUACAGUGGGAGGAAUUCUAUAGUCUCACUUUCUGCAAAUCCUCAGGUUUCAUUAUGUAUGAACCAAAGCCAAACUAGUUGGUUUACAACUGUCAUGCUUUGAACUUGACUUGUUUAGAAAUUGAUUAGCAUUUGUUUUAAACCAAGGGUAGUCAGUGUGGUUGGUGAACUCAAGAUACUAUUAGGCUACAACUCCCAACAGCCCCAGCUAGCAUGGGCCAAUGGCAGAAAUUAAAGUCCAGCAACACCCAGAGGGCACCAUGUUGCCUACCCCAAUUUUAACCCAUUUUCUGGUUUGAACAUAACAGGCUAGUAUUUCUGGAAACUGAAACUAAAUGCAGUAGUAGGCAUUCUCCUUGUCAUGCAGGAAAAAAGAGGGGAGUGCUUGGGCUUCUUUCAGCAUGUUCUGUGGUUUAGCGUUAAGUGCAAAUGAGUCCUAUGCUUACUUAUCUGCUGGAAAUACUGGUAAAGAACAGCUCGAUCCAGCCCCGCAGCAGUUGUCACUUAUGAAUGUUCAUAUGGAUACAAUGUGCUCUUGAACAAAUUGUUGGAAUUCAUUGCCAUGUGGAAGAAGUUUGUUCCUCUGCAACUGUCAAAGUGCUGUGACAUCAUAUGUGUUGCUGCCUGACCUUUUGGCUUUGAAAAUGAGUGUGGGAGUUUCCAGUGUACAGGGAUUAGUGGGAUCAAAGAGGAGGUAGAACUCUGUGCUCUGGGGAUCAACCUCGUGCUGAAGAGCAAUUAGUCAUGUACAUCACUGCAUUUGUGUGCUCAUCUUGCUUUUGCAAAAAAAAGAAGAAGAAGGUGUGCACAUGUACUUACUGUAUUGUGCUCUUGAAGUGUGUGUGCAAUGUAAAGUAAGUACAUUAAAAUUACCCCUUACUGGUUCAGGGAAAGUGCAUCAAACUACUAGCUCAGGAAAAAUGCAUCAAACAAUAUAACUAUUUGAACAGGUUUACUAGUACAUUGCAGGAAAAAACAGCUUGAAUUGAAGUCUAACAAACAGCUGUUUGGUUAAUAGUAUAUUGUCUCAUAUCUGUAGGCUGUGCCAUAAUUCACUUGUGAUUUAUCUGAAAACUUGGCCAUAGCAACUCUAUUCUUGACCCACUUUUGCUUUCUCAUCUCAUCUUCAGCUACAGUUCUCAUACUGUAACUGGAUUGUUACAAGAUAUUACAGCUUCCUGAGUUUUUCUUAAAUAAGCCUUCUUGAAAUGUACUGCAUGUGGACGACUGUCUAAUUUAGAACUGUAUCUGGCGUAGUAUCCAAUGAAUGAGUAAAAUAUAGCAACAGUUGAAAACAAAUGCCUCACCAAGGAAGUCUUAUUCCUACGCCCACUAUGUAGUGAACUGAAAUUAUUAUUAGUUCUUCCACAGUAUUCUUGAAUGAGUUAGUAUGUGCUUUGUUUCCUUCUCUUCUGUAUUUUUAAAAAAAACAAAUGCGCUUUUUAAAAAACAUGCUACACUUAAAGAUCAGUAAACCUGCCACUUAAAUUUUGUCUAUUUGUAUUUAGAGUUCAAAAGCCUUGUAAUGAUUUUUGGUGGAUACUUAUAAAGAACAUUUUUAUACAGGAAUAUUCUGAAUAAAUAUUUGUGGGUAUAGAUGCCACUAGGUAUAUUCACAGGAUACAAUUAAGGUAUGGAUUUUCUUGGUUGGAUAUCACCAGUUGAAACGGCAAUGACUUGUCACGUCCAGCCUAUAGUGGCUGUCAAUUCUGGUGAAUGUGACAGCUGAAAACCUAGUUCUCCUGCUUUCAUUUGUUUCAUUUUUGGUCAUGUUACGUUGCUUGAAGAUUAAUGGAAGGCAUGUCACAAAUGUUCAGAGCACUGGGGCUUCUUAGGAUACAGAUGAGGGAAUUUCUCUUAGAAUACUUCUGAUUUUCUGAUGUAGGUUGAACUGUGGUCGCACCAUCACUGUUGAAGUCCAAACUUGUGCAAAAAUGGAAGUUUUGACUGAAAAUAAAAGGCUAUUGGAUAGUCAAUCCCCCCUCAGUCUCCCCCCCCAUCUUCAUUUGUACACCCACCCUCUUUCCAGUUUACUUCAUGCAUUUGGAUGAAAUAGAUUCAGAUUUAUGAGUGUUCUGUUCCUCUAAGCUGCCAGAGCUGUUGUCUUUACCUUUGGAACAAGUAGCAAAUGUGACCUUGACCUCAUUCACAUGUACCCUUGGGAGUUGGAAGCUGCUUCCCUAUGCUGUGGUUUGUGUACUGCUCACAAGUGUCCGUGAAUGGCUUGUCCAAUAUUGGUGCUCCAAUUCCACGAAUCUUUCUACCCUAUUGUUACCCUGCUGGGAUAGUAGGGCAGUGAUUAUUAGCAUGGACCCUGCCCAUGUGAUUGCUUGUUCUGUGUUGUAUGGCAUCACAGCAGAGAAAAUCAUUGGGAGAAGCAUUAGAGGAAUUAGGAUAGCAAGGUGUUGGGGCAUUGUGUUAAACAAAAACAAAGAGAAAGUAGUCUAAUGAUUAAAAAUAAAUUAAGAAGCCACAAUUAUUACAAAUAAUUAAGAUGCCACGAUGCAACAAUUGAAGGUUGGCAUGAAAUACUUUCAGAAACGGAAAUGUUAGAAGGCAAAUAUAUUUAUGAAUAACAAGACAGAUUUCAUUGAUGUGGCAAAACAUUUCAGCUUCAGCCUUUGUUAGCUGCUCUGAUAAAAAUGAGAGGAUACUGUUGCCAAGGUGGCAAUUAUAGAGCUUUGAAGAUGGAAUGUUCAGAAGGACUUCAUUUGCUGAAGCUAAGUGAUGUUGGUACUAUCAUCCAGGUUGAAAUAGUGUGGUAUUACUGUGUCCAUUGUGCACAACCAGAAGUUUUUUUCUUUGCUAACAUUGUACGCUCAGUUGAUAACUGUUGCAGUUAUUGAUACAUCGGACAGAAUAUGGUUCUCAGAACUAAAAUGUUUUAUCAACCGGUUGUUCCACUUAAUUGAAUAAAAUUCCACAUUUGUGGUUUGUAAAGUGUUUGCAAAGGUCAGUUGUGGUUUUACCUACAUACUGAAUAUGACAUCCUGGUUUUUGUACUUGGUAAUAUAGAUUAUAUUGCAGGACUGGCAGGUGAUAUACUAUGUCCUACCUAUCCUGGUGCUAUUGAAGGUAACUGUCUCCAUGAAAUAAACACAGGUGAUACAGAACCAAAUUGAUUAAUAAGGCAGCCAAAUACAGAUGUUACCCAAAAAGAAACAUAAGCAUAAAUUAUUCUUAAUAAUUAUGCAUAACAGUAAAAUCUUGACCUAUACUGUACAAUAAAUAAGACAUACUUAAAAAGAAAAAUAUUUGUUCUCAAGAGAGGCCACAUGACCUUGUCUAAGUUGGGUAGCCUUCACUGUGAAUUUCGCUGUAUUAAAUAUUACAGACCCAUCUGUACUGGAAAACCUAUAUUAAAUCUUAUCCAUACCACUGAGGGCAUUAGCCACCACUAAAGAUUUCUCUAUCUUUGCUUAGGUAUUUUAUUACAUUUUACUGCAUAUGCAAAAACACUGAUCUCUGGGGAUUUUCUUAAAUCUCCCUUCCAGACAAUUGGCUUCAUAGUCUGAAAAUGCAGGCCUGAAAGUACGGUACAUUGCAGAGAAAAUGUGGAUUUACUUCAGGCAAGUAUUUCUCUUCCUUGCGGUGUGAGUUUUAGGUGGGAAAAAUAUCAGAAAAUCUGGAUAAAGUAAUGUUCUGUUCUGCAAACAGGUAUUGGAGCCACACUUUAAUAUUGUAAUGGCUAAGUUGGAUUUCAGCAGCAAAAAAGUCACUGGGCCUAGUCCAUGUGUCCUCAUUCUUUUACUAUUAGCUGUCCAGGUGUUUGUGGAGGAUGACUGAGACUGCUCUGUUAUACACAAUUUGAACCAGUUCAUUUAUUGUUUAUCACAUUUAAAAAAGAGAGAGAGAAAAUUUCCCUCAAAAUGAAAUAUAAAAUUGGCAUUACUUCUGCUUCUUCCUGCAGGUGGGCUGUGGGGGUUCCUGGUAGGAGAUCUCGGUUUACGCCUCCGUUUACGAAAACCUCCCUUUACGAACGCUGCAGACCCGGAAUAGUUUACAUCCGGGUUCCGCGGCGUUGGAUGCGCAGGUGCGAUAUGUACAGCUCGCGCAAGCGCAGAAGCGCUUUAUUGGCGCUUCGCGCACGCGCAGAAGCGUGCCUUCGGUGAGCAAAUGCCUCGGCGUUCGCAAACCGAGGUACCACUGUAAUGUACAAAUAAAUCUACAGUGGUACCUUGGUUUAUGAACACAAUUGGUUCUGGAAGUCUGUUCAUAAACUGAAGCGUUCAUAAACUGAAGCAAACUUUCCCAUUGAAAGUAAUGGAAACUGGAUUAAUCUGUUCCAGACGGUCCGCAGAGUACUUAAACUGAAGCGUUCAUAAACUGAAGUGAACUUUCCCAUUGAAAGUAAUGGAAAGUGGAUUAAUCCAUUCCAGAUGGGUCCGCAGAGUACUCAACCUGAAGCGUACUUAACCCGAAGCAUGGGUGUAAUUGGUUCCGGAAGUCUGUUCAUAAACUGAAGCGUUCAUAAACUGAAGCAAACUUUCCCAUUGAAAGUAAUGGAAAGUGAAUUAAUCCGUUCCAGAUGGGUCUGCGGCGUUCGUAAACCGAAAAUUCGUAAACCGAGGUGUUCAUAAACUGAGGUUCCACUGUAUUGGGCACUACCAUAGAAAUGAAUGGGUUCUGAAAUGCCCCAGAUUUCCACCCCAUAUGUCAACUGAAGAGUAACCUUGGCAGCAGAAACCGAGGAGUAGCUCUGGUUUAGCAAACUUGCCUGCUCAGUAUGCAAAGAUCAUGUCUUGCCUGUGUACAGUUUGCAUCAAACCAUCACAUAGGAUGAUGGCUUGACUUGUAAGGCAAGUUGUUUGAAUAAAUAAUAUCUGCAUAUUGCACAAUAUCAAAAUAGAUGGGCUGUGGAUCAUAGUUCUCUGUUCCCAGUAGUCUAUUUCUAAUAAUCUGUUCAUUGAGUAGAGCUUCCUCUACUCUUAACUGGAUAUUGAGAUCCCACUUCAGACUGUACUUCCUUUGCUGCCUCUCAUCGUAUCCUAAAAACCUGUCAUAAAGACUGGCAAUCAUUCUCCAGUUGGUCUCCCACUGUAAAAUUCUUUAUGUAAGGGGCACAUUUGUGAUUACAUAAUAAAUAAUCUAGCUCACUCCCACUGUUUAAGGAGGAGUAUGUAAAAUUCCCUUCUGUGUUAUCCUGUCGCCUCCACAGGUUUUACAGGAAUUGGAAUUACAAGGACAAAAUUUAGAUUUACUGAUAGGUGGUAGAAGUAGAGCUCUCAGUAAUAGUUUGUGAAGACUUGGAGGCUGGUGAAUUGCUUUAAUAGGAGGCUUGUUGACAGCUUCAGCCAGACAUUCAGAGUUUGCCAACAAUGGGUAGCUUUCUCUGAUCACCAGGUGAUAGAUUUCCAUCUAGUGUCUCCCAGCUACCACAAAUAGGAUAUGCUGUUCAUUGUUUAUUGACACCUACUUUGAUGGAGGAGGUUUUUUCUAGGCAGGAUGUAGGCCUAGUGGAUGUUGCAUUUACAAUUACAAGAAAGAAAUCAGUUACAAGAAGAGAAUAUCCUCUGGGCAGAAGAUGUUCGCUGGUCCUUCUUAGAUGUUGUUAUGUGUUGGUACAAAUUAGAGCUAAGCUGUAGAGUGUAGACAAUUAAAAAAUGUUUUGCUUAGCAUCAUUCCUGGUACAGGUAUUUCUUGGCCUUUACUGGGUUUGUUUCAGAGUUUAGUGACUAUUUUGUUGUUCUUAAUGUUGAGAAGGACAUCUAAGGUAAGGGAUAUGUGGAUUUUCAGUGUCGGUACUGAAGGUUAAGUUGAUAGUUAGGUGUAUAGAAUUGAUGUAAUUUUUAAAAUUGUCCUAACACCCUUUUUACCAUUGGUCUACCAUAAAGAUACCAUCAAUAUAAGUCAAUUACUACCAUAUAAGUCAUUUGCUAACGAGCUUUUUGAAGAUGUCCUAGUUUUUCCAUGAACAGAUUUGCAUACAUACAUGUACACACCCUGCUUGAUGCCAAAAGAAAUCAAAUGCUUGAUCCAGAUGGUUUCACAGCAUGUUAUUACAAAAUCUUUUCCUCUAUAUUAGUCAAAGCAGCCAUUGAAAUCAGUUAGUGAACUAUUGAGGAACAGUACAUUAUACCUGAAACACGACUGGAUACUACUAUUGUGAUAAUUCCUAUAGAGGGAAAAUACUUAUUAGUUACCUCAUGCCAAUUUAUCACUUAAACCUCUAGUAUAAGAUUUUUACUAAUACAUUACGGUAUUAUGCACAAAUACAUAUAUAGAAACAGCAAUCAAGUAGGCUUCAUUUGGAAGAGGAAAAUGAGAAAUAAUAUAUGUUUAUUAGAUUUUGCAUGCAAUAAGGAAGAGGAAAUGGUGGUGCUGCUCCAAUAUGCAGGAAAGGCCAUUGACAAUUAUUGAGUGACCCUUUUUAUCUGAAAUACUAAAAUAUUUCAACUUUGUAGUGUCAUUUUGUACAUGGGUAUAAACUACUUAAUGAAAUCCAGAGGCAAAAGUAUGUCCUAAUGGGAUUAUUCUGUCAGGUUCUAGACAGUUUCCUGUUAUUGCCUCUGUUUAUUCUAGCAAUCGAAUGGUUAGCAAUUAUAAUGAGAGCAUAAAAAACACAAUAGUGGUUAAAUCAAUAAAUACACAGAAAAACAUUUAUAUGGAUUUGCCUCAUGCUCUGUCUUUCUGAUUUCCAAUCCUUUCCACUCUGUUCAAGUUUCUCCUGCCCCAUCACUUCUAGUGUGUCCCACUAAGCUUCCAAAUGGACACCAGUUUCCUAGAAUGAUGGAGCACCUGCUGCUCCCACCAUUCUUCACAGAUACUCAUGGACCACAGUUUAGGAACCUCUGCUUUAGUGGUUUAAACAGCUGUAAUUAUCAAUAUAUGGAGCAUUGGUGACUGACUUAACACUAGCUCAUAGUGGUCACACUUCUUAAUAAUUACUUUUCAUACUAUAAACUGAUGAGAGUUGCUAUAACAUGACUAAAAUGUAGGCUUAAAAGGUAAAGGGACCCCUGACCAUUAGGUCCAGUCAUGACCGACUCUGGGGUUGCAGCGCUCAUCUUGCGUUAUUGGCCGAGGGAGCCAGCGUACAGCUUCCAGGUCAUGUGACCAGCAUGACUAAGCCACUUCUGGCGAACCAGAGCAGCACAUGGAAAUGCCGUUUACCUUCCGACUGUAGUGGUACCUAUUUAUCUACCAUUCUUGCACUUUGACGUGCUUUCAAACUGCUAGGUUGGCAGGAGCUGGGACCGAGCAACGGGAGCUGACUCCGUUGCGGGGAUUAGAACCGCCAGCCUUCUGAUCGUCAAGCCCUAGGCUCUGUGGUUUAACCCACAGCGCCACCCGCGUCCUUAGGCUUAGAUCCUUGUUAAUGUAGCGUCUGCUUAUGAGGGGUAAGAAUUGCCUCCCCGGUCAGGUAGGAAGUCUUUGUUUUGAAGAGAGUGAUUGUUGCUACUCCUUUCUUUUUUUCGGCUACUCAUGUGCCAUACAGGUAUGUGUGGUAGUACAACAUUGUUAGCAGUUCUUGUAGGGUAUAUUUACAAAGUGGAUGUAUAGGUUUUUGUACAACAUCUAGGAAAAACUGACAUUUGCAAGGGCAUCUGUUGCUGGUGCAGAACUGGCAGUUGUAACAUAUAAACUGGUCUGUGGCCCUGUUCUCAGUCCAAAUGGAAUUAUUUGCCAGGUUAGAUACUCAGUUUGCUAUUGGCCUGAUGCUAACUUGACAUGGAUUUUGCACACCAAUAGAUCAUGUCAGAGUUCCUGAUGUUUUGGGUGCUCUUGGCACCCAAGCCAAAACUGUUGGUCACUGGGACCUUGCCCCUUUAGCUCAAUUAUGUGCAUGUCUUCCUGGAGCCAACACCCACUGAGUUCAGUGAAUUUCAUUAUCAGGUAAGCAUGCACAGGAUUGUGACUUUAGGCUACUGUGCUAUACCCACUUAACUUGGAGCUGCUCUAAUGUUUCUGUCUACUGAUGUUUUAGUCUGUGUUUUUAAUUUUGUUUUUUGUAUGUUUUGUUAUUUUCUGUAAGCCACUUUGAGACAUAUAGUGAAAAGAGGGUAUAAAUUCUAUAAAGAAAUCUCACUAGUUUAGUAUUGCGCUUCUCUCUGCCAUUUACACUUGUACUAAAAUAUUGGUGAUAAUCCAAAGCAUUAAAGUAGAUAAACUGAGUUGUCUGCAUUUUUGAGAACUGUCUGUCUACUGGUCUCAUUUAAAAAAAAACCAAAUUGUACAAUCAGUGCUACUCUUAGUGGCAGAGUUCUUCACAGAUCAACUGUGCAUGUCAAAAGUUCAUAUGGCAUUGUUCUAAUGUAGAGUUGAAAGGGUAACGGUUCCCUGUUUACUUUACUUAGGGCUCAUCCAUGCCACAUGAUGUCCUCUUCAUCCAAGUAGCAGUCCAUAACACCCCCCGCCCCUAAUCUGAAUAUUUCCAGUCUGUGGAUAAUCCAAUAGGGGAAGAAAUCCAAUAUAAAAUCACACAAUACAUGACUGAGUGCACUGAAGCACAUUCUGUGGGUAGGCUUUAGAAGGGUGGUGAUGUUUUGCUGGAUGCCAUCUACGUAUUACCUCACCACGACUUCCAUGUUGUUUCUAUCAGUCCAAAGGAAGGAUGCAGCCCACCCUUUUUCACCUGCUGUUGCUGAAGGCAUAUUUGUGGGUUGUGUGUUUUUUCACAGCUCUUUUGUGUAGAAGUGCUCUUGCACAAAAAUAGCUGCAUGAAAAAUAAAAAAUAAAAAUUGCUCUUUUUGUACAGGGGUGGCAGGAAAUGAAAAUGGAAAGAAGAAGAAGCUUUUCAGAAUGUGAAUAUGCUUUCGUUACGACAGCACAGUGCAUGGUCGAGGAAAAGAAUUUAGGAUUUAGUCCUGGAAGACAACUAUCUAUCAUGUGCUAGGAUACAGAGUUUGUGGAUACUUUGACUUUUGUGCUUCUGGAUUAUAAAGAAGGAAAGUGAAAAUGGGGAGGAAGAAAAUACAGAUCACAAGAAUAAUGGACGAGCGGAACAGACAGGUGACCUUCACAAAACGGAAGUUUGGAUUAAUGAAGAAAGCCUAUGAAUUGAGUGUACUUUGUGACUGUGAAAUAGCACUCAUCAUUUUUAACAGUUCUAACAAACUCUUUCAAUAUGCCAGCACGGAUAUGGACAAAGUUCUACUCAAGUAUACAGAAUACAACGAACCCCAUGAGAGCAGAACCAACUCUGAUAUUGUCGAGACUUUAAGAAAGAAAGGCCUUAAUGGUUGUGAGAGCCCUGAUGCUGACGAUUACUUUGAGCACAGUCCACUAUCGGAGGACAGAUUCAGCAAACUAAAUGAAGAUAGUGAUUUUAUUUUCAAGCGAGGCCCUGCUCUGAACAAGAAGGAAAACAGAGGGUGCGACAGCCCGGACCCUGACACUUCAUAUGUGCUCACGCCACAUACAGAAGAAAAAUAUAAAAAAAUUAAUGAAGAGUUUGAUAAUAUGAUGCGGAAUCAUAAAAUCGCACCUGGGUUACCUCCGCAGAACUUCUCAAUGUCGGUCACUGUUCCUGUGUCCAGCCCCAAUACUUUAACCUACAGUAAUCCUGGGAGUUCCCUUGUAUCCCCAGCACUGGCAGCAAGUUCUACCUUGACAGACUCUACCAUGCUGACCCCUCCUCAAGGCUCAUUGCAUCGAAAUGUGUCACCAGGAGGUCCUCAGAGACCACCAAGUACAGGCAAUGCAAGUGGUAUGCUGUCCACAACAGAUCUCUCAGUGCCAAAUGGAGCUGGUUCGAGCCCAGUGGGAAAUGGUUUUGUGAAUUCACGAGCUUCACCAGGCCUGCUUAGCAGCACCGGGGGUGGGAAUGGCCUAAGCAAAGGGAUGCCUACAAAAUCUCCGCCUCCCCCUGGCGGGGGUAACCUUGGGAUGAACAGUCGCAAGCCAGACCUCCGGGUUGUCAUCCCUCCCUCUAGCAAAGGCAUGAUGCCUCCAUUGAACACACAGCGGUUAAGCAGCUCUCAGUCUACGCAGCCUCUUGCAACACCAGUUGUGUCUGUGACAACUCCAAGCUUGCCCCCACAAGGAUUGGUGUACUCUGCAAUGCCUACAGCUUACAACACUGAUUAUUCCUUGACUAGUGCAGACCUGUCGGCCCUGCAGGGUUUUAACUCCCCAGGAAUGCUGUCAUUAGGACAAGUAUCUGCCUGGCAACAGCAUCAUCUAGGACAAGCAGCCCUCAGCUCCCUUGUGACUGGAAGCCAGUUAUCUCAGGGUUCCAACUUAUCUAUUAAUACCAACCAAAACAUUAACAUAAAGUCCGAGCCAAUUUCGCCUCCUCGAGACCGAGGGACCCCAUCCGCGUUCCCCCAGCAGCAGCAGCAACAGCAGCAACCUCAGCAACAAUCACGUCAGGAAAUGGGCCGCUCUCCUGUCGACAGUCUCAGUAGCUCCAGCAGUUCGUACGAUGGCAGUGACCGGGAGGACCCGAGGAGUGACUUCCACUCGCCGGUUGGACUGGGAAGGCCCCCCAAUUCAGAAGACAGAGAGAGCCCGACCGUGAAGCGGAUGAGAAUGGAUACUUGGGUGACAUAAGCUUCCCCUUCUCCCUUCCGUUUCUACUUUUGAGUUAUCCCAAUGAACAGUCCUGACAUAUCUAAAUUUAUAAAUAAGGACAUGAAAUAAAUAUUUAUAUGUAUAUACAUACAUGCAUAUAUAUAAAUAUAUAUAUCUUUGUAUACAUAUACAUGUGUGAGUGUGUGAAGCAAGGCACACAUACUCUCUCUCUCUCUUUCUCUCUCACACACAAAAUCAGCAGGCACUUAAAUACCAACUCCUCCUAUAGUUGCAGAUGCCCCGUGGUUUUUAAAACACAGUAUAACAGAAAGAACCCUUUAUAGGUAUUGAUCUAGUCUGGCACUUAACCUGGACUUUGCUCCUUGAAUAAUGUAACCUGUUUUGCAAAAUAAAUGUCGUACCCGUAUGUAAUCAACCAAACUAGAUGGCCGAGGCGUGAGGGCUCGCCUGUAGUCGUGUUCCUGUGUGUGUGUGUGUUUUCCAACAGCCGUACUGUCCCCUGUAGUUAAGAGUACGCUUUGUAGCAGCAGAGCCGUAGAAAAAGAAAGCAAUACUGUAUAUAGAAUGACCUUUAUAUUACCCAAUCAAGCAUGGGUCUCUCUCUCUCUUAUGAAAGGGUGCAUGGAGAAGGGCUGGCAAUGUUAAAAAUGAAACAAGAAACCCCCAACACCUGUAUUUGCACGUGCAAAACUAUACUGGGUCAAAUUAAGGGUCCCCCCCUUUUCCUUUUACCAAGUGUGAAAGAGAGACAUAAAGAACGUGCAUGGAAUAUUCAAAAGAUAUUAGACUAGAAGAUAGUCCAUAAAGAAAAUUUUAAUAUAUUAAGUUAUAAUUGGAAAAUGUUUGAAAUCUUUAUUACGUUCCUCCUACCUUUUUUAAAAAAUAGAGAAAAACAAUUUUAGCUUGUGUAUAUUUUUUAUUAAAGAAACCAUACCCUUCUCUAAGACUAUAUAGAAAGUUAUAUACAGUACUUUUGAACACAUUCUGCUAUGAAUUAUUUAUAUAAGCCAAAGCUGUAUGGUGUCGCGCCUUUUUUUUUUUUUGUAGAAUAUAGUUUUGUUUUUUGAUUGUCUAUUUUUUUGGUCUUUUGUUUUUAGGGGAGGAAGGAAAAAAAUAUCUUGCAGGCAGAACCUUGGGGAAAAAUAAGCCAUGAAUACUUAUUAUUCUAUAUGUAAAUUUAAAAUUUGAGCCAAACUUCGUGUAUAUAGCAUCUUAAAUAUAUUAUCACCUUUUGGUGUAAGUACCUAUGUAUUGUACGUUCGCCAGAUUAAAAAAGUAUAUUUUUGUGGAUUGACGCCAACUUGAAGAAAAAAAAAGGCGAGGUCCUUAUUAAGUAGAGUAUUCACUGUUUAAUAUUUACUAUUUUGUUCAAUAUACUGUACUUCCUUUUGGAUUUUAAUUAAUAUUAUCCAGAUUUUUUCAGAGGGUGUUUUAAAAAGGGGCCGUUCCCCACUCACUGGUGGUGAAUGUGUGUUAAAACAUUUUUGUGCUGUAUGGUAAGGCUUCAUAAUACAUUUUAUAAAUAUAUAUAUACAUAUAUGUGUAUAUAUAUACAUAUAUAAAUAUAUGUAUAUAGAUAGCAAAGUGAUACCCACCCUUCCAAUCCCAUCCAGAAAACCUGGUGUUAAGUUCAUCCUGCAUAAAUAGAAAAUAAAACGCAUUUUUUUUUGGGGGGGGGAAGGCUCUGGGUUGUUGCCUAGCUUAAUCAUACUCAGAGUUGACUGAUUUGAAAUUGACAUGGCUGACUUAAAAGUCAAGUAAUUUCAGUGGGUCUGUCCUGAGUUAGAAUUAAGGUGGUUACAACCUGUUAUUUUAAAACUGCCUCUUUGGGGGUGGGGGGAGAUUAUCUUGUUGUUCAUGCUGAAGUAGCAGAAACAUACAUGAGAAGCAAAAAAUAAAAGGUUUUGAAGUGGUGUGUGGGUUGGGGACAAAGUGUUUCAGAGGUUUCCUUUUUUUAAAUGCUUGGUAUCCUUUAGACAGAGUACCACCUCGAAUGAUGUGACUGGUCAGUCUUUGCAUGUGUGUCGGGGCGGGUAGGGGACUCUGAUUCUACAAUCCCAGCUUGAGAGCUGCUUCACAUGAUACCUGUGGAAGCAAAACAUUUUCUGAAACAUCUAACUGCAGGGAGCAAUAGUAAGCCAGCAGAUCCCUGUGGCAUGUUUACAUAACCAAGCAUGUUUUGUGAUGCAUAUUUGAGUAUGUACAUGCUACAUCUUUAGGGCCAAACUAGAUAUGGUGUUGAACAUGUCCUUGCAUUUUGAUGUGCACACGUUUUAAAGCAGGGGUCGGCAAGGCUUACCGGGCAAGUGCCGGAUCACUCCCGCGGAGAUCCUCCAUGGGUUGGACCGGCACAGUGCGACACUGGAAAUCACUUCUGCUCAUGCCCAGACACCAAAAAUCACGCCUGUGCAGAAGCGAUUUUCGGCAUCUGGGCAUGCACAGAAGCAAUUUCCGUAACCACGGAAGAGAGUCCGGGUGGGUCAGUUUGGGGGCAGCUCGUGGGCCGGUUAAAUGGCUUCCGUGGGGCGCAGGUUGGGGACCCCUGUUUCAAAGCAUUCAAAUUGGUAGAGGUAGGAUUUUAAACCCCUCUCUCCUGUUGCAGUUGACUCUUCCAAAGCUGCUAUUUGGAUUAGGAGAAGAGCUCCCUUGAUAUUUAUUAUUAUUAUUUAUUAAAUUUGCAUACCACCCUUCAUCUGAAGAGCCCGGGGCGGUUCACAACAGAAAAAUACAAAAUGAGAAUACAAAAUCUAUAAUGAAGCACAGUUUAAUAUACUGUUGCAUUUGGGCAUACAUUAGCCGUGCAUGCAUGCAGUAGCUGAACUAGCCCCUCUGCCAAGCCCCUUAACCUAUUAUAGGAGAAAGUAACGCCAGCUUAGCAGCCAGCGCCCAUAGAUUGUCUUUUGCAACCACUGGGCAGGACUUCAGAUUGCAAGUACUAUUGUAGAGCUGUUGAACCUUUGGAAAAGUAAUUUGUAUUGUAGCCUGGGUAGGACUUGUGGCCUGUGGGCCAGUUCAUGCCCAGUGUUGCCCCCUUGGGAACAGUUUCCAGAGCUUGUAGGCUGGUGGUAAAUACCCAGAUGCCACAUAUGAGAGCCUGGCCCCUUCAACUAAGUGGGUUUUAUACAACUAAGAUCUGCUGAUGGUAGACCCACUGCAAUGUAUUGGCCUAAGUUAGUUAUAAUAAUAUUAAUAACUGAGUAGGAACAGCCCAAUAUGUUUCACAUCCUGACAAUUGUCUUUGCUACCCAGAAAUCAGGAUUUAAAGCAAUCUAAACAACUUUUGGCAAAAUAUCAAUAAAACUAAGCAAGAGCCAAGAGUCGAAUGGAAGCUCUCAAUUUAUUUUUUUCUGUAAUAUAUCCUCAAGUGGCUGUCUUAGUUAUUUAUUUUUAAAGAUGAGCAUGGUAUGGGCAAAACUAUGCCCUGUAUAACUCAUUUCACCUAUAAUUCUUCCCCACCUUAUGUAAAAGCUGUACAAACUGGUGGUGGAUUAUGUGCUUUAUAGCUGGCUCCGAUUUAGUUUUCAUUAAGGGUUCUUUAAAUGCAUAAGCUUCUAGGAUCUCUCUUUCUCUCUCUCUCUUAAAAGCAUUUUGAGGAACUAAUGCACACUAGGUACCCUAGUCUUGAUAGGGUAGAGCAGAAAACGUCCCAGUGGUCUGUCAGCUUCCUUCCCCACCCCCACCCCACCCCAAUCACACUUAACACAGAAACCACACCACCGCUUCAUAGAUACUUUUGAUGCUUCGAAAUGGUAUGAUUCUCCUGCACUAUUUAUGCACCUACAUGAACUUUGCUGUACAUUUGAAUGGGAGUUCUUCAUUUCACAUUUACUGUCUGAUUUCUUGUGUGCCUUAAUGAGAUGGCUUUGCUGACUGUAUCCCAAUAGUCUCUUAUUCCUAUGCAGGUUUGUAACGAGUUACAUCAACUCCCCCCCCCCCCCCCGUUUAAAAAGAAAAAGAUAUAGUUUGGGCUUAGUACUUGAAUCGAGCCAGCCAAUUUCUUUCUUUCUUUCUUUCUUUCUUUCUUUCUUUCUUUCUUUCUUUCUUUCUUUCUUUCUUUCUUUCUUUCUUUCUUUCAUUCAAAUUCUUAGAGUCAGACUGUUAACUCUCAGCUAAUCUCUUCGUUCCAGGAUCAGGUCCUAUCCAUUGUCUCCUGCAAAAGAGCUUUACAUCAUGAAAACAAAACAUGCUGACUUUUUAAUAUAAUUAACACUAAUAAUGUAACUCUAGAUGUUUUGAAAGUCUUACACAUUGGUCCUAGAGAUAAAGAUAGUUGCAGCAGGGCAGAGGAUUGUGUGUGUGUGUGUGCAGCUCUGUCCUGUACUUUGGCAUGGGAGUGAGUCAGUGUUUCUAUGCUGUCAUUUGCUAUUCCUUCGUACCAAAUAUUAGAUUUUGCACUGAAGUACCUGGCCCCAUAAUGGCCCAAAAUGCCUUUAGGGUGGUACAUUGAUGAGUUCCCUCGCCAGUCCCACCACACUGCUCCAUUGAAUAAGAACCUUAAUAUUGCAAGGCACAAAGUUAAAAGUCACUUAGCAGUAUGCUACCCCCCCCCACUGGUGAAAUGUUUUGCACUGGUAAAACGUUGUUGCACAAGAGAAUUCAUAAGCAGGUUGCUAGUAAUUUGGUUGUGCAAUAGAUUGCAACGUCUGUUGUGCAACAGGUUUAUGCUAGUGCAACUGCUGCAUCAAAUUCCACCUGCUAGCACUAGAAAGUUUGUGCUAGUGGAUAGAGCAUUGGCUACAGCCCCAAGCAUUGUAGCUAAUAUGGCAGUAGAGGCUUUUGAUGGCCAGAAUCCUCAAACAAGCUCCAGUUUCUGAGCAAAGGUAUCUCAUGCUUCAUAGAAAACCAUUUUUGAAAUGUGAAGGGAGUUAGGCUACACAUCAUUGCAGGGCAGAGGUCGGGGAGACAGAAGAGGAUGCUAUUUAAACCUGCUGAAAAAUCAUUCUGGGUGCCUGCAGGUCCUUUGCUAUGCCCAAAGUAGCUUUACAUCUCUCAGUCCCCUUAAGCCCAAGGUUUAUAGGGCAACCGUUUGAAGCCAUUCCAGAUGCGAAGGGAAAUACAUGGUGUGUUUUCUGCAUCAUUGCUGCUGUAGAAGCAGGGGAAUUGUUGCUUGGAAGAGCUCCUUUGCCACACUCCCCAUUUGGGGGAAACUGCCACGCCAGGCCUGUUAGCUUUUCAAAUGCAGGGUGCUUUGGGCCAGGGAGUGCUUUCAAAGAAGCGACAAUCUCAACCUCUGUCCUUAGCAGGUUCUGAGGUGCUACUGGCUCUUUAAGAGGGCUGUACCACAGGUCUCGCUAAGAUUCUGCUUUUGCUAAUUCAGCAGCAGCUUGUACAAUGAAGCUAUUCAAAGACACACACCCCUUUUAUUUUUAGAAUCACGGAAUAUUGUGACAGUAAAAAUAAAUAAAGUGUAAAUAGAAUCAAUGACAUUUUAAUUGAAGGUUGCAAUUGGAUUAAAUCUUGUGCAAAUCCAGAUUGCUAGAAUGGGGUCAAAUGUUGCAUAUGGUAGACAUAGCAAUACUGACUUGACUUGACAUGUUCGUACCUGGUAUCUCUUUUUUUAAAAAAAAGAAGUAAGGCAUGUUGGAAAUGCUUUAGCCUUUAAACUAUAAAGGACACUAAUGCAUUGACAAGUCUACUGUGCGCACAAGAAAUAUAUAGUAAAUAAGGAACAUAAAUGACUCCUGCCAAAUCAACCCUGGGAAGAAGUUUAAAAUUUAGAAUGUGAAAAGACUUUAAAAAAAAUAUUGGAAAAUUUCCUCACUUUGCUGUGCAAGAAAACACUGCUUUGCUAUAUUUAAAAAGAAAAGCUUUUUUUAAAAUAAGAAAAAAUAUAUGUAUUUGGUAAAUGUUUGUAGUCAACAGUUCACAGACGAAGCUGUUUGCGGUUAAAGCCGUCUGGCGGCACAAGCUGGACUUUGUUGCCAUCUUUGAGACGAAUCUUUAAGAAAAAAAUUAAGUUAAUCUUUUUCCCUGAAUGUGGUGUUUUUUUCUUCAUUAUACAAUAAAUAUUCUAGUGAACUUUUUAUCAAAUGGUUAAGACAAUGCUAGAAGUUGUUGUAAAAUAUUUGUAUCUUGCAUUCACUAAAGUAAAAAUACUGGCUUUUACUGUGUA